GUCCAUAUCCGGUGUAUGUACAGUACAAAUACAUGUCGCAGAAUAUCUUGCAAGCAAGAACUCCCAGACACGAAAGAAAACAUACCUUUUUUUAACGAAAACCAACGUCACCUCCCUUCUCUCCCCCUCCCCCUUUCCAGGUCGGGUGCCGUGGCGAGCGGGCGUUACGAGGUGAAGAUGCUCGGCUGGAACACCCCUCCGGAGUACAUGGAUUUCGUCAACCCUUACUGGAAGACGUUCGAGGCGCCCAACCCCUUUCUUCACUACAUGCUCGGCGUCUUCUAUAUCUUCUUCAUGUUCGCUGCUCUCUGUGGCAAUGGCGUUGUGCUGUGGGUCUUUACGUCAGCUAAAAGCCUCCGGACGCCCUCUAACAUGUUCGUGGUGAACCUCGCCCUCCUCGACUUCAUCAUGAUGCUCAAGACGCCCGUGUUUAUCAUCAAUUCCUUCAACGAGGGGCCCAUUUGGGGCAAGUUCGGCUGCGACAUCUUCGCUCUCAUGGGGUCCUACUCCGGCAUCUCCGGCGCCAUGACCAACGCGGCGAUUGCCUACGACAGAUACAAGACAAUUGCAAAGCCCUUUGAACCCAAGAUAAAGUCCGGCACAGCGUUCCUGAUGGUGCUGGGGACUUGGGCCUAUGCUACUCCCUGGUGCAUGCUGCCUCUCUUCGGGAUCUGGGGGAGGUUCGUUCCAGAGGGAUUCCUAACGACCUGCUCCUUCGAUUACCUGACGGAGGACGAGAACACCCGCACCUUCGUGGCCGCCAUCUUCUUCUUCUCGUACAUCGUGCCCGGUUUCUUCAUCGUGUUCUUCUACAGCCAGAUCUUCAGCCACGUCCGAGCUCACGAGAAGGCGAUGAGGGCCCAGGCCAAGAAGAUGAACGUUGACAACCUGCGAAGUGUUGGCAGCAAAGAAGACCAGGAGAAAUCCGCCGAGAUCCGCAUUGCCAAGGUCUGCAUGGGACUCUUCUUCAUGUUCCUCGUGGCAUGGACGCCGUACGCUGUAGUAGCUCUCAUCGGCGCUUUCGGAAACCGGUCUAUUCUCACGCCCCUUGUGUCGAUGAUCCCAGCUCUAUGCUGCAAGUCCAUGGCUUGCAUCGACCCCUGGGUUUACGCCAUCAACCACCCGAAAUACAGGUUGGAGUUGCAGAAGAGAAUGCCUUGGUUCUGCAUACACGAAGAAAAGCCUCAGGACACUGUUUCCCAGUCCUCCAACAACACCGAAAAGGCUUAAUAAAAGACAGAUGACGAUGUUCUUGCCUCGGUUGACAAAGCCACUUGCCUUCAGUUCGAACACGAUGAAAACCAUGACGAA